AUGGCAUUUUUCAAAAAUUUUCAGCAGAAUCUACCUUCAGUGUCCUCUCUGGUAGACACAAUCAGUAAUGCCGUAGAAGAUUUGACCACUGCUGUUGGGGAAGUCAGCUAUGCUUUAACUGACUCAGUUGCUGAACAGGUAACAAGUAUGAUCAAUGGCUUUCGCCCAGAAGAGGAAAGCUCUGCAGCAGUAGAAGCUGGAGAGAUGUCUAAACCAGAAAAUGCCGUGUUACUAGAAGUUUCCAAAAACCCUAAUUGUCAGAAAACACAAUCCAAUUUAGAGCACCGAGCAAAUCAAGUAAGUUGUUAUAAUGCUUCAGUUUCACGAGAGCAAGAUCAAGGAAUGAAUGAAGAAAGAAUAUUUAAACAUAUUAAUGGUAGGCAACAGACUCUAUCAAAAUAUCAAGAAACUGAUAAUGCUGGUGAUUCUUUGAAAGACCACAUGAGUGGUGGUAGGAUAUCAGUUAUCAAGCAGAAUGCAAGGGCUGGAUCUACUUGUCAAGAUCUUGAAAGUACUGACAGAUCUAAAAAAAUUGGAUUAGGAAUUUCCAAUCAUGGUAAGAAUGAUUUGAAGGAGGUAAGAGAGCGAGAAAUGAAAGAAAAUCACUUAAAGAAAGCUGAGAAACAUGUUAAAAGUAAAGGAUCCAAAGGGAAUGAAUGUUCAGGAAAUGAAUAUUCUCCAAAAGAUAUUUUGGCAAGCAAUAGACAUAUGAUACGGCAAUCCAUUGAGAAAGAAGAUAUACAUCCAGCACCAGCAACUAAUUCUAAAGAUAAGUUACAUGGAAAAAUCAAAGAACAAAUAAAUCCAACAAAAUACUACAACAUGAAGGGAGACAUAAAAACAAAGAAAAAUGAAGCCACUUCUGCCAAGAAAGGAGAAGCAAAGAGUAAGGAUGAAAAAUAUUCUAAGAUAAUACCAGAAAAAGAUAAUUCCUACAUGGACAAAGAUGAGCAUUGUUCAUCCUCUGAAAGUGAAGAUGAAGCACUGGGUAAAUAUCAUGAGGCCUUAUCCAGAACACACAAUUCCAGACUACCCUUGGCAGAUUCUAGACAAAAGAACUAUACUUGGGAAACAAGACAAAAAUAUAGUCCUCUAUCUGCAGAGUAUGAUGGAUACAGUAGUGAAGCAUCAAUAGAUGAAGGAAACUGCAUUCAGAGAAUGAGAAGAACACCCCCACUGGAUGAAUUGCAGCCACCACCAUAUCAGGAUGACAGUGGUUCUCCCCAUCUCUCAUGUACCCCCUCAGAAAUGGGGGACAGUAAAUGUGAAUUUUCCCACUGCAACAGUCCAAGAUGCUCAUAUAACAAGUGCCCAAGUGAAGGAAGUACAGGUCAUGAAAUAGAAAGUUUUCAUAAUAAAGGAUAUGAAGAAGAUGUUCCGAGUGACAGCACUGCAGUCCUGAGCCCAGAAGAUAUGUCAGCUCGAGGAUCGUCUUCACAGCUUCCUAAACCUUUUGAUCCUGAGCCAGAAGCUAAAUAUGGCACACUGGAUGUGACUUUUGACUAUGACUCACAAGAGCAGAAGCUUCUGGUAACAGUGACAGCUGUCACAGAUAUCCCAACGUAUAACAGGACAGGUGGCAACUCAUGGCAAGUGCACCUUGUUCUUCUACCUAUAAAGAAACAGAGAGCAAAAACCAGCAUCCAGAGAGGACCAUGCCCUGUCUUCACAGAAACAUUCAAAUUUAAUCAUGUUGAAUCUGAGAUGAUUGGAAAUUAUGCAGUUCGGUUUAGACUGUAUGGUGUACAUCGCAUGAAAAAAGAAAAGAUUGUGGGGGAAAAGAUUUUUUAUUUAACAAAAUUGAAUCUUCAAGGGAAAAUGUCAUUACCUGUGAUAUUGGAACCUUCUUACAAUCAUUCUGGCUGUGGCUCCCAAAUGAGCGUGUCAGAAAUGUCCUGCAGUGAAAGCACAUCCUCAUGUCAGUCUCUUGAACACGGCUCAGUUCCAGAAAUUCUCAUUGGCCUGCUUUAUCAUGCCACCACUGGAAGACUAUCAGCGGAAGUGAUAAAAGGCAGCCACUUCAAAAACUUGGCCGCGAACAGACCACCCAAUACAUAUGUUAAAUUAACUCUGCUGAAUUCCAUGGGUCAAGAGAUGUCCAAAUGCAAGACAUCGAUCCGCAGAGGGCAGCCAAAUCCAGUAUACAAGGAAACUUUUGUUUUUCAAGUGGCCCUAUUUCAACUUUCUGAUGUGACUCUCAUACUGUCUGUGUAUAACAAACGCAGCAUGAAAAGAAAAGAGAUGAUAGGCUGGAUUUCUUUAGGUCUGAACAGCUCUGGAGAAGAGGAACUCAAUCACUGGACUGAAAUGAAAGAGUCAAAAGGACAGCAAGUAUGUAGAUGGCAUGCGUUACUAGAGUCAUGA